CGCUGGCGCACGAGCGCGGCUCGCCGAAGCAGUGGAGAAAGAAGCGCGCUGCACCAUGUCGCUCCGGAUGCUGACUGUUCUGCUGUUCGUGGCCGCGAUUUCCUUCGCCCCCCUGUGCGUCGCUGGGUGGUACGCCGCGAAGAUUGUCGCCGCCGUGUUCUCCGCCGCCGGCUCCCUGUACUGCGGAGCACGCGACCGUUGCGACUGCGUCCGGGAGGAGAUCGCGGUGCUCCGAAACGCAAGCCUCGCUCAAUGCGCGUGGGUCCAGGCGACAGUGCUGCGCGAGAAAGCGGCUGAGGCCCUGGUCGCGUCGGGGUUGUGGCAGUGGCUGAAACGCUGCGAGUGGUUCCCGGACAUCUGGGCGCUGCUGGCGCUGGCCUUGAGCCUCUUCAUCGCCAGCAGGUGGCGCUGCAGUGGGCGCAAGCGUAAAGACGACGCCAGUGUUGCCGGGCCGCUGUCCCGGAGCUGCGUGACGACUUCCUGCAAGCACCCGGGCGCGGAUGGAGACCGCGUCUGCCACGGAAGCUCGCAGGGAACUGAACGGAAACAACGCACCUUCGCGCCUGCCUCGUCGACGAGCGACGCCGCCACCGCGGUCGCCAAGCCCGCCCCGCGCUGCGUGCCCUUCGGCUACCUGCCGGCGGCGCCGUCCAGCGCGGCCUCCAGGAAGCCCCCGCACGCCACCGCCCCUCCGCGGCGAACGGGGGCCGCCCGGCGGCUGAGCGGCUGCUCGUCGCACUCGUGGCCGCCGCCGUCCAGGAGGAGGAGCGGGCCCGAGCCGCGGGCGGCGCCCUGGGGCCAGCCGCACCUGGCGCCGGCCUCCAAGUGGGUCUUCGGGGAGCUGCUGCAAGAGUGCCGGCACGGGGCCUCCGUCACCUUCGACGUCGUCCUCAAGGAAAUCGGAGCCCGCGGCUGCAUCAAGCUGAACGAGAGCCCCGACUCGGAGCUGUUCUGCAUCGUCGGCAGGUGGCGUCGGUCGGUGAUCAAGGUGCUCCGCUUCGAGUACGUGGUGCGCCACCGGGACCUGGUGCUGGCCGAAGUGCGCGUCGGCAGAGCUGUGCAAGGCAUCGUAGCCAAUCUUCAUAACACGACCGCGGGGCUUUCCAGGUUGUGGACGGCGUACUGCGUGUGGGGCAAGUAUCCAGAAUUGUUGACCAGCGCCUGCUGCAGCUACCGGGAGCGAAAGGGCUCGAGCUUCGUCACCGACGAUGAGCACGACCUCUGUCUACCUUACGUGGUUCUGCACAUGUCCUUCGCCGGCUGGCCACUUAGCAACACCACGCUCGAGAGUCCGUUGCAGCUGUGGUCGGUGGUGCAGCAGGUGGCGCUCACCCUGGCCGUGGCCGAAGAGGCGCUCGAGUUCGAGCACCGAGCCCCGAGCGAGGACCACGUUCUGGUCAAGAAGGCGCAUGACGACGUGCUCUCCUUCCGGCUCAACGGACGCGUGCUGCACGUGAACACGUUCGGAGUGCACGCCUUCCUCGUGGACUUCUGCGCGUCCCGCCUGCGGCCGCUCGGAGACGUGGAGCCGCUGUUCACCGACCUGAAGAAAAUUCCCAGGAGGAAGCGCGACGCCAUGGGGGAGACGUUUGCGAAGAUCUGCAACCUUGUCGGCAAGGAGCCCUGGCAGUACUGCCCCAAGACGAACGUGGCGUGCCUGGAAGGGCUGACCCGGAGCCUCGUCAGGCGGUUCGAGAGCCGCUUCGCCGCAGCCGUCGACGAGGCCGAGCAGGAGGCGUGGUGCGACAUGUGCUUCUGGCUCGACGAGAUGCCGUACUGCGCCAGCGCCACUGAGCUCGCCCUGCAGAUGGCCAUGUAGAGCGCCGUGUGCAGACUGCGUGGAGGGGGCCCUGCACAGAGACAUGUCGUCUGCAUGCGUGGCCGUUCGUUGGGCGCGAGGCUUAGCACUUGAGCAGUUGUUUGCAAAUUAAAACAAGCGCAGCACUGCCUAUCACUUCCAUCGCAAAACCUUGGGGGUGUAAAUGGCGGGUCCUAUAUGUCUAGACACUGAAAGUAGGAAGGCGUCAAGUGACGAUUUAUAUUCCCGGCUACGUAGUAUGAUCGGGCAUUACUGGAAUCGCGAUAGACGAACAUUGCAGUGUAUGUUGUCGUACACAGAAUUUUAUUGAAUGAUAAGAACGCCUUAUUGUUUUGACAUCUGAUACACAUUGGCAUAUAAUCCUUUUGACAUACGAUAUUGAAGUGUAAAGAUCGAGGCGAUCACGUUGAUUUUGACAACUUUGUCCUGCGAACCUUGACACUGCGGUCGAGCUUUCCGAA